GCGGCCCGGCCCGGCCGCGCCCCCGAAAGGUGAGGGGGAAGAGCCUGGGUGUCGAGGCCGCCGGGCAGAGGGGCCGGACCGCACCGGAACGUCUGCAAACAACCUCUGCCGUGCGCGGAGGUACCGCGCGGUACCGAAACCACCUCGGCACGAGCCCCAGCUUCGCAACCAUCUCACCUAAUAGCAACCCCUCAAGAUAUGGCCUCGAAAAGAGCGUUGGUGAUUCUUGCAAAAGGGGCAGAGGAAAUGGAAACUGUAAUCCCCACUGAUGUUAUGAGAAGAGCUGGGAUCAAGGUGACUGUUGCAGGCCUAACAGGAAAAGAACCAGUGCAGUGCAGUCGAGAUGUCUUCAUUUGUCCUGAUGCCAGUCUUGAAGAUGCCAGAAAAGAGGGGCCUUACGAUGUCGUGGUCCUGCCUGGGGGUAACCUUGGAGCCCAAAACUUGUCAGAGUCUCCUGCUGUGAAAGACAUUUUGAAGGACCAGGAAAGCAGAAAAGGCCUGAUUGCUGCUAUAUGUGCAGGUCCUACUGCCCUUCUGGCACAUGGAAUAGGGUUUGGAAGCAAAGUCACAACACAUCCUUUGGCCAAAGAUAAAAUGAUGAAUGGAGCACACUACUCCUACUCCGAGAGCCGCGUGGAGAAAGAUGGGAACAUCCUCACCAGCCGUGGCCCUGGUACCAGCUUUGAAUUUGGGUUGGCCAUUGUUGAAACGCUGAUGGGGAAGGAAGUGGCCGAACAGGUGAAGGCACCCCUAAUACUGAAAGAGUGAAAUCCUGGUGUGGGAUGGGGAGUGGGACAAUUUUGGAUGGAGGGUCUUGUCCGUUGUAGAAUAACUGUAGGAUGCACUGUUGUAAAUACAACUUAAUUGCGGGUGAAAUUAGCAACUGUACUUGGCUAAACUGGGAUACCUUAAACAAACCAAUGGUCUUUAUUUCUGGAAGAAGAUCCUGUUAGCAAAAAGCUUCACCACGCAAAAGCAGCCAGCACCUAAUAAUCUUGGUUAGCUCCUGCAUGGCAUUUAAGAAUCACGUGGGAAAAUGUUUGCUGAGUAAAUAAAAAUGAAGCAACCCUG